AUGGAGGGUGUUUUGCAGUGGUUGAAGUUGGUAGCCAUAGCGUUGACGGUGCUAGUUUUGGUUUUAAAAGUGAUAGUGUUGCUUUGGUGGAGACCAAAGAGGAUCGAAGAUCAUUUCUCAAGGCAAGGGAUACGAGGCCCCCCUUACCAUUUCUUCAUUGGAAACGUUAAGGAGCUUGUGGGCAUGAUGUUAAAGGCUUCUUCUCAACCCAUGCCUCUCUCCCACAACAUUCUCCCCAGAGUUCUCUCUUUCUACCAUCAUUGGAGGAAAAUCUAUGGUGCAACGUUUCUGGUCUGGUUUGGUCCAACGGUUCGCCUCACGGUGGCUGACCCGGAUCUCUUAAGGGAAAUCUUCACUUCCAAGUCUGAUUCCUAUGAGAAGAAUGAAGCCCACCCUCUUAUGAAACAGCUCGAAGGUGAAGGCCUCCUUAGUCUCAAAGGCGAAAAAUGGGCUCAUCAUAGAAAAAUCAUCACCCCCACUUUCCAUAUGGAGAAUCUCAAAUUACUGGUGCCAUUGGUGGCAGAAAGAGUAACCGAUAUGCUCGAGAAAUGGUCGGCAAUGCUGCCGACCAGCUCGGGUGAGAUUGAAAUCGAAGUUUGCGAAUGGUUUCAAACACUGACCGAAGAUGUCAUUGGCCGUACCGCGUUUGGGACCAGUUAUGAAGAUGGAAAGGCCAUUUUUCGUCUACAAGCUCAACAAAUGGUUUUAGCAGCCGAGGCAUUUCAAAAAGUUUUCAUCCCUGGUUAUAGAUUUUUGCCGACCAAGAGGAACAUAAACUUUUGGAAAUUGGACAGGGAGAUUAAAAAGUCAUUGAUGAAGCUAAUAGAACGACGGAAAGAGAAGUUGGGGGACAUAGGGCAAGAGAAAGGACCAAAGGAUUUGCUAGGAUUAAUGAUGCAGGCCUCAAAUUCGUGUCCAAAUAUCACAGUCCAUGACAUAAUCGAAGAGUGCAAGAGCUUUUUCUUUGCCGGUAAACAGACCACAUCCAAUUUGUUGACGUGGACCACUGUUCUACUAGCAAUGCAUCCCCAGUGGCAGGUGCAAGCACGUGAGGAGGUGUUAAGGGUGUGUGGAUCACGUGUUAUAUCUCCCAAAGAUGAUGUUAUGAAGCUUAAGACGCUGACCAUGAUCUUAAAUGAAUCCCUGCGGCUGUACCCACCAACGAUAGCCACGAUCAGACGGGCCAAAGUUGAUGCAGAGCUGGGGGGCUACAUGAUCCUCCGUGGGACUGAGCUUUUGAUACCAAUCUUGGCCGUUCAUCAUGAUCAAGCCAUAUGGGGGAACGAUGUUAACGAGUUCAACCCAGCUCGAUUCUCCGAGGGCGUGGCACGUGCUUCGAAACAUCCGGUCGGGUUCAUCCCGUUUGGUUUAGGGGUCCGCACGUGCAUCGGCCAAAACCUUGCCAUAUUACAAGCCAAGUUGGCUCUUUUGAUCAUACUCCAACGCUUCUCUUUUAGAUUGGCCCCGACUUAUCAACAUGCACCAACGGUUCUGAUGCUACUUUACCCACAAUAUGGAGCACCGAUCAUCUUUCAACCUCUGCCCGAGUCUACUAUACCUCAGAAUGAAGGGUCCUGAUUUGAUCCCAUCUCGUAUGUGUACCUAUCUCGUGUGUGCGUGCGUAUGCUUGUAUCCCCCAAAAAAAUUCCUCAUCUCCAUUGUUGCCUUUAAAGCAUAGAAAAUUAGAGAUAUUUUGCAACGAAAACAAAAAAAAAUGUCACUAAAAACUCCCGCCAAAUCCUUUUGGCUUUCGCUAAAACUGACCCUGCCUACCCUCCAAAUUCCAUGGCCAUGGCUUUGGCUGCUCUCUUAUCAGUUUCUUUAGGAUUUUGGGGAAAUGGCUAUCAAAGUAGAUAUGUGUUCGUCGUUAUCCAGAUA